GAUUUUCAAAGUACAAAAUAAAAACAGAGAAAAAAUCCCAAAAAAACACUCAAAACAUGUGACUAAUCUCAGAGAAUCCCUCGUUUUUUAUAUAUAUAAAAAAAAGUGAUUCUCUAGAGUCGGAACAACGGCCAUUUGUUUUAUUUUUUCUUUUUCUAUCUAAUUCUCGAAGCCAUGUCAAUCUCUACAGCUUGUAAGUUUCAGCACCAUACAACCAUGCAGAACAACAGUUGUAUACAAUUAGACAUCGCCCAUUUCAUGAUUUUUGUCUUGGCAAUCAUCAUAAGAUCUCACAGUAACAGUUUAAGAAACAAAUAUUCCAAACAACUCUCACUACCUCCUGGUCCAAAACCAUGGCCUCUCCUCGGAUGCCUGCCGACAAUACUAGCAAACAAGCCAAUCUUUCGAUGGAUACACAAUCUCAUGCAUGAAAUGAACACUGAAAUCUUAUGCAUUCGUCUCGGAGAUAUUCAUGUUAUCCCUGUCACCUCUCCGGAGAUUAGCUGCGAAUUCUUGAAAUCACAAGCUGCUAUAUUUGCUGAUAGGCCCUUAACCAUGUCAACCCGUCUCAUUACAAGCGGUUACCUGACUACGGCUCUUGUCCCCUUCGGCGACCAAUGGAAGAAGAUGAAAAGAGUAGUCGAAACACAACUGCUUUCGCCCGCGAAACAUAAGUGGUUUCACGGGAAAAGGCUCGAAGAAGGCGAUCAUCUCGUUCGCUACAUUCAUAACCAAUGCAAGAAAACGAUCGAAUUAGGCGGAUUAGUGAAUGUGAGAGUCGCUGCACAACACUACUGCGGAAACGUGAUGAGGAAGGUAGUGUUUAAUACGAGAUUCUUCGGAAACGGAACGAAAAAUGGGGGCCCUGGUGUUGAGGAAGAAGAGCAUGUUAAUGCAAUAUUCACCGCUCUUAGUCAUAUCUAUGCAUUUUGUUUGUCAGAUUACUUGCCAAGCUUAAUAGGGCUUGAUUUGGAUGGCCAUGAAAAAGUAAUGCGAAAUGCUAUAAGGAUGAUAAACAAAUACCAUGAUCCAGUGAUUGAAGAUAGGGUUCGACAGUGGAGGGAUGGCAUUAAAAAGGAAGAAGAUGACUUGUUGGACCUUCUCAUUACAUUAAAAGAUGCCACCGGCAACUCCGUGUUGUCAAUACAAGAAAUUAAAGCUCAAAUUACUGAAUUAAUUAUGGCAGCAAUAGAUAAUCCAUCAAAUGCAGUGGAGUGGGCAAUUGCAGAAAUGAUAACCCAACCAAAAUUACUUGACAAGGCAGUAGAAGAACUAGACAGAGUAGUAGGAAAAGAAAGGCUAGUUCAAGAAUCAGAUUUCAUAAACCUCAAUUACAUCAAAGCCUGCGCUAGAGAAGCCUUUCGACUCCAUCCCAUUGCGCCCUUCAAUCUUCCUCGUGUCUCAUUAUCCGAUACAAUGGUCUCUGGCUACUUUAUUCCGAAAGGCAGCCAUGUUUUGCUGAGCCGCAUGGGCCUCGGUCGUAAUCAUAAGAUAUGGGAUGAACCGUAUUUGUUUAAACCAGAGCGCCACAUCAAGAAUGAUGAUGGCUCGCAAAUGGUGCUCACGGAGUCUGAUUUCCGCUACAUUUCGUUCAGUGCAGGGAAACGAGGAUGUCCUGCUAUAACAAUGGGGACAUCGAUGACUGUAAUGUUAUUCGCUAGGCUUCUUCAAGGUUUCAGCUGGAGCGCUCCGCCUAAUCAAACAAAGGUUGAUCUAAUAGAGUCGAAAGAUGGCUUGGGACUUGCUAGGCCAUUGAUUGCACUCGCAAAGCCCCGUUUACCAGCACACUUGUACCCAACAUGAUGAAGCUGGCAGCAAAUAAUUAUGAGAAUUAGUCUGAACUUGGAACUUUUAAAGAUUUUGUCUCAUAGCUCGAAGUGAUCCAAAUAUUUUAUAGUCAAAAAAAAAAAGACACAUUUGUUCUCAGAGAACAGAUGGAGACGAAGAGGGCUUCGUCUGAUGUUCCUCCGACGGCCAGUAUUGGAGCUGGUCGCCGAGUUUUUGAAGAAAAAAAAUGAAAUUAUGAAAAAAAACAAAAGUACAUUUAGGUUCAUAAUUUAAAAUUUUAAAAGAUUUAGUUUGGAAAUUAUUGAAAAUAUUAAGGGUGUUUUUAAACUUUUUUCCUGAUAGAUCUAACUCUGUUAACUUUCAUAUCUAAUAGAAGGGUUUAUUUGUUCGAU